AUUUCAUCAAGUAACAAUAAUGCCGCUACCGAUCCUUCUCCUCUCGAUUCUGGCAUCCGCUAGAGCAACGUCGUACUUUUCAAUGGAUCAGCUGCCCAAUGUCCUGCCAAUAGACAAAAUACCAGCGAUCAAAGAAUUCAACGAUCCGCAAUUUUUGGCAACCGUACACGCAGAUGCAUCGCUUACCGCUCUAGAUCUAGUGAAAAAGUACGGCUACAAUGGAGAAGUGCACGAGGUGAUCACCUCUGACGGUUACAUUUUGAAAUUGCAUCGGAUAACAGGACGAACUAAUUUCAACAACUCGCAAGUGCAAAAACCUGUGGCAUUCGUGAUGCACGGCCUUUUGUGCAGUUCGGCGUGUUUUAUCAUUUCCGGACCGGAGAAAGGUUUAGCUUUUGUUCUGGCGGAUGCAGGAUAUGACGUGUGGCUCGGUAAUGCACGUGGCAAUGUAUAUUCACGCAAACAUAAACUCCCGGCUAUUCGAAAGGAACUUUACUGGGAUUUCAGCUGGCAUGAGAUUGGCGUAUAUGAUCUUCCAGCCAUGAUAGAUUAUAUCGUGAAGACCACUGGUCGCGAGAAAAUGUUUUAUCUAGGGCAUAGCCAGGGUACCACUGCUUUCUUCGUCAUGUCGACGGAACUGCCAGAGUAUCAGCACAAAAUCCAGGCGAUGUUCGCGUUGGCACCAGUCGCUUAUUGCAGCAGAUUAAGAAAUCCCAUUUUUCAAUUUCUGGCAAGGUUCUCCAAUUCAUUAGACGGACUGUUAAAAUUAAUCGGUAUAUACGAAUUCGCGCCUACCGACGAAAUGAUAAAGCAGUUCCAGAAAAUGGUAUGCGCGGAAGACGCUAUUACGCAACCCUUGUGCGCUAAUUUGCUCUUCUUAAUCGCCGGAUUCGACAAAGAUCAGCUUAAUACUACUCUUCUACCAUUAAUCAUAGAACAUGUUCCGGCUGGCGCAGCCACGAAACAAAUAAUGCAUUAUUUACAGCUUAUUAAAAGUGGAUCUAUUAUUAUAUCCGGGAAAUUUAGACAGUACGACUACUCACUCAUCACUAAUUUGAUCAAAUAUGGUACGUUCCGUCCUCCGAAAUAUGACUUGGGAAAAAUCAAAGUGCCAGUUUCAUUGCAUUAUAGCACCAACGAUUGGUUAGCACAUGUCGAUGAUGUUGAUCAAUUAGAGAAAGAACUUGGCAAUCCACUUGGAAAAUUCCUUGUUCCAUAUAAAAAGUUUAAUCAUCUGGAUUUCAUGUGGGCUAAGGAUGUUAAAGAACUUUUGUAUAACAAGAUACUAAAUCUGAUGACACGUUUCUAACAUUAAACUACUAAAGUUCAAUAAAUUUUUUGCAGAUUAAAAUUUUAUGCUAAAGCUCUUGAAUAGUCAUCACAGCCAUAUUGAAUCGUGACGUCAGAAGCGAGGAAUAACACGUUAAUAUUUUUAUUAUGUGCUAUUUAUAAAUAAUAAAAUAAUUCGGAUAAAAAAAAUGAUGAGAUUGCUUUAAAACAUUUGUCCAAAUGAACGAAAACUAUGCUUAUCCCCCCUGACAAUAAGUAAAUAAUCGUAAAAAAUGAUGAAAGGCACACGAAGUGCUUUUAUUCAAUGCGCAUGCGUAGCUUAUUUUCACUUACACGUGCCUUUAUCACUUUUUACGAUUAUUUACUAUCAGGCAGGAUAAGCACAAUUUUUGUCCAUUUUUACAAAUGUUUUGAAGCAAUCUCAUUAUUUUGUUUUAUUCAAAUUGUCUUUAUUUAUAAAUGGCAUGUAAUAAGAAUUAACGUAUCAUUUCUCGCUUCUGAUGUCAGAAGAUUCAAUAUGGCUGUACUACUCAGGAGCCUUAAAUCGAUUCCGUUUAUCAGACAAAUUUAUAAGCUAAUGCUUGCGUGAUGACAAUAUAGUUAUCGAAUUGAAUUAUCAAUCCAUUAGAAAGUAUUUUAUUUAAUCACAAAUUUCUAUUAUCCUCGAUAUUACUUAUGUGUUUAUAAAAUAAAAAAGUCGU